AUGGCCACAGACCGAAGGUAUGAGGUCAAAAUGUCAGUGCCAGAUGGCGCAAUGCCCGGCAUGCUGCUGGAUGUGCCUGUCAGAGGUGGCUCUGAGAAGGUUCGGAUCCGGGUGCCAGAUGGCUGCGGAGCUGGUAGCGUUCUUGUCCUGAGCCAGGCUGAAGGUAGCAGCGAGUGGGACCUGAACAUUGAAGCAACAUCCUCAGCACAGGAUAUGGGCCCCGGUGACGACGGGGUGAGGAGCCCUCCAGGCAACCAGCUGCCCCAAGAGGAAAGCCCCAGGCCGGUGAUGUCUGAGCAGCCUGUGGCAUACACCGUGAGGUUGGAUACAACCGUUGGUGUCAUCGACAUCAUUGUGAGGCCUGAUUGGGCUCCGCAUGGUACUCGCCGGUUCUUGGAGCUGGCCACGUCAGGGGAUCUCAGCAAUCUAGCCUUCUACCGUGCCAUCAAGGGUUGCAUCUCCCAGUUUGGCCUGCCGCCAAAGCGGCCCUGGCCGCCUAUACCAGAUGACCCUCCGACAGGAGUUCCUUUCCUGUUGGGCGCCGUGAGCUUUGCUGCAAUAGGCCCAAAUGCUCGGAAAUCGACGCUUUUCAUCUGCACGGGCGACAUGUCGCACUGCCUGGGCGACAAGUCAUGGGAGACCCCCAUUGGGGCUGUGGCCGAGGCGUCGUUGGACGUGUUGGACUACAUUGAAACCAUCUACGGUGACAUUGUGGAGUUUGGCGGGCAGGGGCCCGAUACCAGCCGGAUAAAUUCUGAAGGGAACAUCUACCUCCAAACGAACUUCCCAAAGCUGACGUACAUCAAAUCAGCCACCGUGCUUGACGAUGGUGCCGAUGUCCAGACCGGAAACGAGGACGACCCAAGCUCUGCAAGCCGAGCGGCGAAGGAGGCAGAGGGCGUUGCAAGGGCGAAUGCGAGCACCGCGCAGCAGGCCUCCCAACAGGCCCAACAGGCUGCCGCCAAAGACUCGAUGGAGGAGCUACGAGAAGCAGCGAGGCGCGCCCGCCAAGCUGCCCAUGCUGCUGUGGCGGCUGCCGAGGCAGCAGAAGCUGCGCAGGCUGCAGUGGAGGGCAGGCGUGCGCCUGCCGCAAACCACUUCAAUGCGACGCCACAGAUGCACAUGGCCGUGCCAGCUAUGGCGCCAGCUAUGGCCAUGCCUCAACAACAGAUGGUACCGGCCAUGGUGCCGUCGCCCUGUCCAGGUCAACAGCGGAUGUUGAGCGGCAUGGGCCAGCCCAUGGCCAAUGUGGCCAAUCCAACGGUGCAGGCCCUCCAGCUUGCCCAGCCGGCGAUGCAACAGACGCCCAUGAGGCCGCUGCUGCCAGCCCACGGCCAGGUCAUGGGACCUCCAUUCAUGGGACUCUCUGGCUGCAGACCUCUUGCUCCGCAAGUGGCACAGGGGGCGUUCCCUGUGAUGAGCAACGGAAGUUGUGGGGUUCCGCAAGCAGUGCGGCCUCAAAUGCUACCUCAGGCGCGGCCUUGCCAGCCCGGGCCUCCGAUGGACCUCACCUGA